CAUAAAUCAUUUUAUUUUUAUUUUCUCUGUCUAUAUUUUGGAACUAAAAUAGGUUUUGUAUCACCACAUCAAGUUUCCACACAUGGGUCAGAAAUGACCCGUGCAAGUGUGAAUUUGAUAGGAACCUUUGAUUUAUAAAAUGUGUGCAGUUAGGAUUUUUUUUACUGUGGACAACUUUUCACUUAUGAGAAUAUGGCGCUGGUCAGAACUAAACAACUGGACAACAUUUCACAUUCCACUCUUGUCAGAAGGAAACAGGCUGCGUCUUCAGAUCUGAUUCAUUAUGGCUCGUCACACUCAUUCACGUUUCACGGCUGAAAUGGUCAUCGAGAUGUUACAUCAAGAACAGGAUAAGGAAGAUGGAGCAAUCCUUGAUUCUGACUCUGAGUCUGACCUCUCUGAUGAUGACGUAGACUAUGUGCCACAGGGUCAAGCUGAAGCUGCUGGUGAUGAAGAAGACUCCUUGGACGAGCUAGAAGACUCGUCUGAUGAGUCCUCUGAAGAGGAAACUCAGACCCAGGCCAAUAGGCUAAGUAAAAAGGGGUCUUACUGGAAUGAGCAACCCCCCACUCAAGGCAGAGCAAGAACCCAUAACAUCCUGAGGAGGUGUCCAGGACCCGUAUCUGGUUCAACAAUCAUUUCACCAAAAGAUGCCUGGGAGUUGUUCAUUAGUGAUAACAUCAUAGAGGAGGUUUUAAGAUGCACUAACUUAGAGGGACGCAGAGCCGCAGCAGCAAAAGGAAAAGAGUGGAGAUGCCUCGACAAAGUGGAAUUCAUGGCAUUUAUUGGUUUGACCCUCCUUGCAGGGGGGGACAAGAGCUGGGAUGUGGCCUUGCGGGAGCUCUUUCUGGAUCCCCUGCAAAAUCCGAUGUAUAAGGCCACCAUGGGGUUCCACAGAUAUGAGGAUAUCCGCCGCCUCAUACGGUUUGAUGAUAAGAGGACUAGGGCUGUUAGACUGGAAACAGACCACAUGGCUGCAUUCAGAUAUGUGUGGGACUGUUUCCUGGCCAAUUGUAAGAAAGUGUUCGUCCCCAGUGAUUGUGUCACUAAUGAGCAGCUUGUGCCAUUCCGUGGAAGGUGCAAGUUCUUACAAUACAUGCCCAGCAAGCCAGCAAAAUAUGGGAUCAAAAUCUUUUGGAUGUGCGAUGCAAGGGUCCAUUAUGCAUUCAAUGGCAUGAUCUAUACAGGGCGACAGCCAGGAGAGGAUGUUCAGAGGAACCUUGGCGAGAAUAUUGUCCAACAGUUGUCCAGCGGAAUAAGACACACAGGUCGCAACAUAACCAUGGAUAACUUCGUUACCAGCAUUCCUUUGGCUGAGAAGCUCCUAGAGAAGAACCUUACGCUUGUGGGGACUCUUCGCCAGAACAAGCCAGACAUACCACCUGUCAUGAAGCCAAACAAACUGAGAGAGAAGUACAGCUCCAAAUUUGGAUUCUGUGGCAACAUGACAAUGGUGAGCUAUGUCCCGAAAAAGGGGAAGGCUGUUGUGCUGCUAAGCACAAUGCAUGUAUGAUGACACAGCAGUGGAUGACCAGAGUGUUAAGAGGAAGCCAGAAGUGAUCCAAUAUUACAACCACACAAAAUCAGGAGUGGACACAAUGGAUCAAAUGGUUCGCACGUACACCUGCAAGCGGAGAACACGGAGGUGGCCCAUGGUGCUCUGGCACAAUGUGCUGGAUGUUGCCACCCUCAACGCCUUCACCAGCUACACUGCACAACACCCUGGUUACAUGGGUGGUGUGACUAAUGCACGGCGGCUCUUCAUAAAGGAGCUGGGCAAAGAGCUGGUCAUGCCACACAUGAGGAGACGCAUGGAGGGCACGUCCCACCUCCAAACCCAUAUUACAGAGGCAAUGGAAAGAUGUGGGUUAAAAAAAGUAAACGCAGCCACCACCCAGCCACAGGAGGAAGAGGAAGAGGUGCAAGAUCUGCCCAACUGCCAAAGAUCGAAAAGCCAGCAGCUGGUGUUCCAAGUGCACCAGCCCUGUGUGCAAGGAGCACAGACAUGUUGUUGUGAUUUGUGAGGCAUGUAUGCACUAGAUUGCAACUUACUCAUAUGAGUUCAUUUCAUGAGUUUGUUUCAUGAGUGUCAUGAGUUCAUUUGAAACAUUCAGCAUUCACCACAGUUCACUGCAGUAACAAGACAGAUUCACUAACAGUUCAAAAAGUUCAAAAUCAGUUUUAUCAGUUGUAUGGUGUGCUAUGUGUGAGUGUGACAAAGUGACAAAUAAACAUUUCAAAUAUUAAA